AUGUUGUUAAUUUUCCUAAUUUUUUCACUAUUACUAAAUUUAAAUUUGGGCUUAAACAUUGAUCAAUAUGUAAAAGACAUUGAAGAGUUAAGUCUCGAUGAAAAAUUUGUUGAAGACUAUUUUCAAUGGUCAGUUGGCCUAUUUUCUCAACCCGACUACCUAUACGGUACUCCAAUGGAAUUUCCAUGUAGUAUAGCAUCAUCAAAUAUGACGUCAUCAAUAGCUCAAGAUGUUCAUCAUCUACGACCAUCAGACGUCAAAUGUAUCGGUGCCAUGGGAGAUUCAUUAACGGCUGGACUCGGAGCUCAUGCAUUGACUGUAAUUGGACUGUUGACAGAGAACCGUGGUCUGUCAUGGUCUGUGGGUGGUGAUCAUUCGUUCAACAGGAUCCUAUCAUUACCAAAUAUAAUUAAAAAAUACAAUCCAAAUUUAGAAGGUUAUUCAACAAAAUUUUCAGUAAUUUUUCUAAACGGACAAAAUGCAACAACUAAUAAAUUCAAUGUUGCUAAAUCUGGUGAUCGUUCCUAUCACAUGCCUUAUCAGGCACAACUUCUUUUAGAAAGAAUUAGAACCGAUGAAAAAUGUAACUUUGAAAACGACUGGAAAGUAGUUACAUUCUUUGUUGGUGGCAAUGAUCUGUGUGAUUUUUGUGAAGACAUCAACAAACAUUCACCAGAACAAUAUAUGGAUUAUGUACGAGAAACACUCGAUGUACUUCAUGCAACAUUACCAAAAACAUUUGUUAAUUUGGUUCCAGUCUUGGACGUUCGAGGUGUAAAAGAUUUGAAUUCUGGAGGACCAGUGUGCCAAUUAUUACACAAGAAAACUUGCCCAUGUGCUGCCUUUCCAACGCCAGAACUAGCACGAAUUUUGGAUUAUUAUGUUCCCCGUUAUCAAGAAAUUUUAACAACUUUAGUUUCAAGUGGACGUUACGACACACGACCCGACUUUACUGUUGUUAUACAACCAUUUUUUACACAAACUAAACUUCCUCGGUUGGAUAAACCUGGUCAUCCACUUGAUUUCAGUUAUUUUGCACCCGAUUGUUUUCAUUUCAGUGGGAAAGGUCAUUCAGCAGCUGCCUUAUCUAUCUGGAAUAAUAUGCUUGAACCAGUUGGUGAAAAACAAACUUUUUGGCAUGUGGAUGAAGAAUUGGCAUGUCCUACAGAUGAACAUCCAUAUUUUUUUACCCAAAAAAAUAGUGCAAAUGCCACUGGAAGAACAAAAAGAAGUCCAAAACCUGCUAUAUUUAUGUCAACAGCUGCGGGUACGCCACGACAAACAGUAACAUCACCCAAAAUGUUAACAUCUAUCGUCUCAAAAUCACCAUCACAUGAAGAAGAACGUUCUAGUUUUGCCACUAAACAUCACAAUAGUCACCAUCAUAAGAAAGAAAAUCAGAAAUCAGAACACUUAUCUGACAGUUCGUCAAAAUUAAUUUACAUUGGUGGAAUAGUUCUAUUUGGUUUGUUCAUAUUAAUUCUUGCAUUAGCCGUUCGAAAACGAAAGAAUUUCAACUUGUAUAUUAAUGGACAACGUCACGGAUUUACAAAUACAAAAUUUGAUGAUGAUGAAGUCGACAUUUGGUCGAAACCAUCUGUAUCCGAAAAACGGUACCAAAAAUAA